CUUCUUCUUCUCUUUUACCUAUUAACUAUAUAAUUAAUUCUUUAACUAUGUGUUCCUUAUUUAGUUACAAAUUUAAAUUAAAUCGGGCUAUUGAAAAAGUAUUUACGUAAAACACAAUUCUCGAGAAAAAAUGAUCCUUCGACUGCGAUCAAAAGAACUUCCUGUGUGAAAAUAAAUUAUGAUACUCAAAAUUGUGAUACUGUGUUGGGUGAUAAUUUGUUUAACAACGAUGUUGAUCUACACUGAACAUUUUUACAUAAACAUAUUUAAAACCAAGGAUUUUACGGAAGAAAAUUACGACACCCAAUCAUUUUUAGAAAGAUUGAUCUAUCUAGAAAGACAAGAACACGUGUCAGUAAUGUGCCGUUCGUUCAAGUUACCAAAAGAUGACGAUGACUACCGGCAAGCCAUCAACGAUACCGUUCUCUUGGACCACAUUCUGGUCGACAAUCGACAUAAGCUGCUCUAUUGUUACGUACCAAAGGUGGCGUGCACCAACUGGAAACGGGUGUUCAUGGUGCUGUCGGGGAACGCGCAGCCAGGCGCGCCGGACCUGUCACAGAUCCCGGCGGACGUGGUGCACAAACCCAGCACGCUGGACAGGCUGAGCGACUAUCCGGCGGCCCGGGCGGCCGACAUGCUGGCCACGUACACCAAGUUCCUGUUCGUCCGGCACCCGUUCGAGCGACUGCUGUCCGCAUACCGGAACAAGCUUGAGCAGCGGCACCAAGACAGUUCGCGGUACUUUCAGUCGCGGUUCGGGCGGCGCAUCGUACGGCGGUACCGAGUCAACGCCACUGAGCAGUCGCUGCGGGACGGCGACGACGUGACGUUCGCCGAGUUCGCCGCGUUCGUGGCCGACACCCGCGACACGGUGUUCAACGAGCAUUGGGCGCCCAUCGACAGGCUGUGCCGGCCGUGCGCCGUCAACUACGACUUUAUCGGCAAACACGAGUCGCUGUUCGAGGACUCGGACUACCUUCUCCGGCACGUUGUGGGUGCGACCGACGUCCGGUUUCCGAAGGGUCCCGACUCCAACACGUCCACGCAGCUGGUCAAAUACUUCACAUCGCUGGACCACGACACCGUUCUCCGGCUGUACAGCACGUUUGAGCUCGACUUCAAGCUGUUCAACUAUAAUUUGCAAAACAUCUUUGGCUACGAAGUGGGCUAAGGGCAGACACUGUGUAUUAUAGGCUAUCCGACAAACACGCUGCAACUGACGCACGUGUAUAUUAUAUACCUAUACCCACUACAUUAAAGUGCAGUAAGCGUUGCACACGACCACAAAGUGCAGGUGCCGCAGCACUGAUGAUGUGUGUAAUAUCGAGUAUAUAUUAUCAUCAUAAAUAUAUAUUUGUUUUAAUUAUUAUUAUUAUAUAUUUAUAUAUUAUUAUCUGUACAUGUAUACACAUGCAAUCGCGAAAAUACUUGCCUGAGGAUUUUCUAUAUCCCUUUAUGUGGUGUAUCUUAKAAGUUUACCUAUCCUGUAUAAUAUGUUAUGUACAUAUGUAUAAAAAAAUAACAAUUUAAUAAAUUAUAACUAUUUAUUGCUAUACACGUUUUUGACCGAUUAAAAAUUUUAAAAUUUUAAAAAACGAGGUCAACAAUUUUGACUACGGGUUGAUACGCAGGUAUUAAAGUAACAGAUAUUAUUCUAAGAAAUUACCAAGGGAAAUAUCAGCUAAAUUCUUCUAUGAAUAUAAAUAAUAACUAUCACGAACUUUUUUUUUAAAGUAACUUCUCAGAAUAGUCUAUAAAUAUGGAUGUGUUUCAUACACAUAACUUUUUUAGCGGAGAAUAUUUUAAGAUUUUCUUAAGAAUAUUCAUAAAUUUUGCCACGACAGUUGUAUGAUGCGUUCGAGUGCCCGUGUCUCUAUACUCGUAUAAUUUGCAAUUGAUUUCAUUGUAUCGUCUCUUGCUAAUCCGAUUGGGUAAUAUUAUAUAAAUAGCUAUCCGUUCAAUGCUUUUUAAAAUGUUCUUCCAUAUUUGCUAAGUAUGCAUUAAUACAAAUAUUAUUGUUUGUAUAUGCAUUCUAUCAAUACAAUUAAUAUUAUUUAAAAUAUAAUGAUUUUAUACAAUUAUGCAUAUAUAUCUAAACACCUAGUACAAUAAUGCGUUUAAGUAUAUUAUUAAUUUUAAUUUCAAGAUAAAAUAUUCUGUUGCCCUAGUUGAUAUGACAAUACCUGUUAUAAUAUAUACAGGUUGAAUCACACUGUAUAUUGUAAUUCUUAAUUAUUAGUGUAAACGUGUUGACGCGUGAAGUGUAAAUAUUAGCAGCAACCGGAUAAAUUAUAAUAUAGUAUACCUAUACCUACUCUCAAAUUAUACCAACACGCAUUUUGUGUACCUGUUUGUGUCUAUUUUGUCUAUACUACGAUACUAUAAGCGAAAAGCGACCUKUKWUAUAUUAUGUAGGUGCAUUUGAAUCUGUUGUUAAUUUACAAAAUAUGUACUAUACGUUUAUACCUAUUUAUUAUUUAAAUGAAUCAUACGAUUUUUACAACACAGUGUAUUUUUAAUUUUAAUAUACUAUAAAUAAUACGAUUAAUUUAUAUUGUUAUUAAUUGUAACA